AUGGCCUAUGCUUUGUACUUGGUACCUUUAAGCUCCUUAAAAGCCACACCAGAACCAGGCAACCAUAGCAGCACUCAAGGGCUUGUUCGAAUAGAUAACCUGGUUCAAAACUCUACAACUGCUAGGUUUUUCCAUGUGAAAGCUAAGGCUGAAAAAAGUAAUGAAAGCAUAAAACCCAACAGCAUGGUUUGCUCUGAUUGUGAAGGAAAUGGUGCAGUCCUCUGCUCACAAUGCAAAGGUAGUGGAGUGAACUCUGCUGAUCUCUUCAAUGGGCAGUUUAAAGCUGGUGACUCAUGUUGGCUUUGCGGUGGAAGAAAGGAGAUGUUGUGUGGAAAUUGCAACGGAGCUGGGUUUCUUGGAGGAUUUAUGAGCACUUCUGAUACUACGUCUAGCUGA